AUGCCUAUAUCAACCCAAAUUUUAACAAAAAAAAGGCUCGACCAAAGAUCAAUUCGCGAAGAUUACACAAUUGAUUAUAAAGAAGCUGAUGCUUUACAUUUACAGCAUUAUCUUUUCAAAUCUUCCUGGCGAUCCAAUUUCUCAGCACCAGUUGAAAAAAUGUUGAGAGAUGGUAAUGCUAAUGUUCUUGAGAUUGGAACUGGACCAGCAACUUGGUGUCUAGAAAUGGGGACCGAAUAUCCUUUAUCAAAAUUCACCGGAAUAGAAGCCAUUGAGGUGGUUCCGUUGUAUCCAAAAGACGUGAUGCCGCAUAACUGCAGAUUCAUGCAGUGCGAUUACAUGAGUGGACUUCCAUUUGAAGAUGAAAGUUUCGAUUUUAUUCAUAUGAAAAUAAUUCUAUUGCCAUUUGCUGAAAAAAAUCAUGUUCAGGCAUUCGUCAAUGAAAUAAUAAGAAUUUUAAAGCCUACCGGUUACUUGGAAAUUAUGAAGGUCGAUCUAAACCAUUGCAACCAAGGCCCAAUAUCUCAAAAGUUAUUUGAAGCUCUAACGACGUGUUUUGAUGAAAAUUUUAAUUUAAAUAUAAAUAACAAAACUCCAAAUAUUGUGGAAAUCCUUUCAACAUCAACCAAUAGUAAUAAUUUGUCGAAUAUUACACAAGAAAUCAAACCAAUCCCAGUUGGAAAUCGUUCAGGAAGUCUUGGCAAAAUGGCAUUAGAAGGAUUGUGCAAUAUAUGGCAAAUUUUAAAUUUAUCAUCAUCAAUGGGCAUAACAGAUCAAGAGUAUGAUGAAUUGAUGGAGAGUUAUGAGAGAGAAGUUGAUUCAUAUGAUUCUUAUAUUAAUACUUUUAGAAUUUACGUCAGGAAAGAAUGUUCUUGA